AUGUCGUUGAAAAGGGCGAUUGUUGCCAUAUUGGGCGCGAGUCUUGUACUUGCGUCCCCCGCGCCAACUCGCCGGACAGUGGUUCAUGAACGACGUAAUUUUAAUCAGGAAGAUACCUGGAAUAAGCGGAAAAGAGCGCCUCCGGAUGACGUUUUUGAGAUGCGCAUUGGCCUAAAGCAGCAGAAUUUAGAUCGAGGUUACGAGCUUCUCAUGGAUGUAUCAGAUCCGAAGUCCCCUAGAUAUGGAAAGUAUUGGGAACCUAAAGAUGUUACCAACAUGUUCCAACCGGAUCGGAAAACAGUGGAAGAAACUCGGGACUGGAUCAUAUCGUCGGGAAUUGAUAACGAGCGCGUUGGGCUCGCCUCGAGUGGUGGGUGGCUAGUCUUUAACGCGACAGUUAGGGAAGCCGAGAAGCUGCUUGAGACGAACUACUGGCUAUACGAGGACGAUUCUGAGGGAGUUUCGAUCGGUUGCGAUAAAUAUCAUGUCCCAGCUCAGCUUAGUGAACACAUCGACUUUAUAUACCCAGGGGUUGUCAUGGCCGAGAGUAAGGGGCCACGUAGGGAGAGGAGGCGAUCUGGACUCCAGGACAGAAAGACAAGAUCAACACCCCGUUAUAUAAACGAGAGGCGUCAACAAUCCAAUUGCUCCGAAAUAGCAACGCCAGAAUGCAUCGCUAAACUCUAUGAUAUCCCACCUGCUGAUAAGGCACACCCCAACAACUCCAUGGGGUUCUUCCAAAAGGGAUCCUGGUAUCAGGAGGGGGAUCUCGAUCUGUUCUUCAAAUCGUACGCUCCUCAUAUACCACAGGGUACUCGGCCUCUGAAUUUGAGCAUUAACCAAGCCGUCUGGCAUUACAACGAAGACGAUCGGUAUGUUAGUCAGCCUGACGAAGCGGACCUGGAUCUUGAUAUUGCGUAUCCAAUCAUCUAUCCUCAAACCACCACAGUCUAUCAGACAGACGAUGACUAUUACACGCUCCACUCUUCGAAUGCGUAUUUUGGCCUUUUCAACACUUUCCUUGAUGCUAUAGAUGGAACAUAUUGCAACUACUCGGCCUAUGGCGAAACAGGUGAUAACUCUCAGUACGAUCCCAGCUACCCCAAUCACCGAAAUGUUACCGCUCCCGGCCGGCCAGAGCCUUUCGAUCCGGGGACCUAUAAGGGGGAACGCAUGUGUGGUACAUACAAACCGACACACGUCAUCUCAAUAUCGUAUUCGAGAGCCGAGUCAACUUUUAGUACAAACUACCAAAUGCGACAAUGCAAUGAGUGGAUGAAACUAGGCCUCCAAGGCGUCACUGUCGUGGGUUCUGCCGGAAACAGCGGUCCUCUCGCAACCCGCCAGUGUAUGGCGUCUAAUUUUGGUUCAUUUUAUGCUUCUCAUCCCGGAAAUUGUCCGUACGUCACGUCAGUCGGUGCCACGAUGCUGCUGUCAAAUAAUAGCCAGACCGUAGCCAAAGAUACUAAUUGGGCCUCCUCUGGUGGGUUCUCAUGGUAUUAUCCAACACCAGCAUACCAACAAUCUGCCGUUUCCACCUACUUCGCAGAACAUAACCCAGGUCGCUCAAGUAUGUAUAAUAGCUCUGGUCGUGGGUUUCCCGAUAUCUCGGCUCUAGGUAAGAAUGUUGCAGUCGCUGUUCUGGGCGAGCUUGACGUCGCCGAUGGGACUUCGGCCGCUACUCCGCUGGUUGGUGCCAUGUUUAAUCGUAUCAACGAGGAGAGGCUCGCGGUCGGUAAAUCGACUGUGGGAUUUGUCAAUCCUGUUCUCUAUUCCAAUCCCGAAAUCUUCGAUGAUAUUGUAACCGGCGACAAUUCUAUAUGCGAUAUGGAAGCCUUCAAAGCUGUGGAAGGGUGGGAUCCAGCGAGUGGAUUGGGAACACCAAACUAUCCGAAGUUACUGGAGACUUUUAUGGCCUUGCAGUGA